UGUACCGAAAGUGACUUACUCCUUUGCCCUUCCUGCUUCCGUCUGGCCGGUGCCGUGGUGUUGUCCGUGCCUGGUGAGGUUUUGUGCAGCCGUAGAGUGCUGGUGCUUCUGGUGACCUUUGACCUGUGGCUGUCCCUGUGUGCGGGUCUUUUUUUCGUGUGUGUGUGUUUAUUCGGGUUUUUUUUGUUUGUUCUUUUUUUUUUUUUUUUUUUUUCGUUGUUGUGGUGGUUUUGCUUCUGCUGGCUUGCUGGACCUGGGUUGGGCUGGGGUCCCAGGCAGAGCUUACUCCACUGGAGUAUGGGAGACUGCCUGCCGGCUCACAGUCUGCACUUGUCCGUUCCCCUGCCACGGGGUCCCUCUGAGCCUUGGCUUCGCAUGUGGGUCUAGGGCUUGGGUUGGCGGAGUGGCAAUCAGUGAAAUUGGGAGUCGUGUUGGGCCCCCAUGCUGCUUCCACAUCCACCACCUCUGGUCCUGGAUGGUGGCAUUGCAGGGACCAAGGAGUCACUGUGGGUGCCCACGGGGCUGCGUCCUACCUGUCCCUGGCUGUCUUCCUCCUGGCCUCAGCUUUGUUCCUCUAGGCUUCAACUGGGGCCUCGGCUAGGCCACCCCAGAGGCCUACCUUGUGGGUUGGGAAUCCUAUCACCCACCUAUCCCUAAAAUCCCAUUCUGUGGGAUGUUGUUUCCCGGGCAGUUUGGUCAGGGGCCCCCCUUGGGAGCCACCUAUUCUUCCCUGCCUCACUGUGAGAGCCUGGAGGCCUCUACCAUUGCCAGACAAGGGCUUUGGCUUCAGGGCCGGGUCUGUCUCUUCCCCAUUGUCUGCAGCUCUUGGCUCUGGGCCCUUCUUAUGCCUCCCUUCAGGAUCUGUGUCUUCCAGGGAUCCGCUGUUCGGCUUGGAGGUGCUUCUCCGCAGGGUCCAAGCCUGCCUCCUCACCCCAGCUAUCCAGGGAAGGCUGCCCACCUUCCAGGCUUGGCUCAGGAAGCUCCUCGUAGGUGGAUGCCCACCUGGUCGCAUGGCCCUUGUCCUCUUGCUGGCGUUGCUGUUGUCUUCUCUGGGGGCCUGGAUCCCUGACAAGCACAGAAGUGUGAGCUGGUGAAAGGAAAGACAGGCCUAAUAGGCCUUUACCUCGUGGGCAGCGGAUUUUCACUCAGUUUAACCCAGCAUGCAGUGCUCUGGGAGCAGGACCUCUGCCAGCCCUGGCGUUGUGGUGGGCUUCUUUGGCUCAAGGUGCUCAGACACUCCCGCUGAUGCCGGGGUCAGAUGUGAGUGGGAGUCCCGACUGUCAGUUAUACGUUACCAGGUGACCUCACCCCCUCCCUUGGGCUCUCUAACUGGUGCCCAGAUGAGUUGCUGAUCCUGACCGUGGCAGCAGAGCUGGGUGGAUUAUGCCCAUGCCUAGCAGAGGAGAGGGGCGGGCUUUCCAAGUUCUCUGGUCCUGGCUGAGUGGUAGCAAACAGUUGAGCGUGGCCGUCCAUGUGGGGAGAGGAGGCUGAGGCCGUGCGUGUGUUGAACAGAAGCAGCAGAUGGUAGCUUCUGCACUGGGUAGGGCCAUGCUCGUGACCUUCAGAUCUGCAGCCUCUGCGCCCCGAGUUGGGAACAUUCCCUGCUGAGCCCCUCUCUUCCCUUCUUGAUUUCGCGACAGUAGAUCUGUGUCCAGGCGUGACUCCUGGCUGUCUCUCUGAUCAUUGUUUAUCCUGUUUUCCUACUGUGAGGGUGUUGUGUUUGACUUUCUGACACAGCUACGGAGAGCUUUGGCUGAGGUUCUCCCAGAUUACUCUGCUAAGUAAACCGUUAUUGUGAGACUUCCCUCCUCCCUUGACUCUGCCUGACCUCCUUCCUUGGACAUGGACACUCAGAUUUCACAGGAAAACCCACAUGGGGUGGAUCAGUUUCCUCUAGAGUAUGGUCCCAGAGAGUCCUCCCCCUCCACUGUGUCUGGCUGCUAACCUGGGUGUUUGUACCGUUAGUGUAGGGCCUCCAUGGCAACCCUGAGUUAUUCUGGGUUCUCUGUCUUCACCAGGCGUUCCUGCAGGCUCUCCUUCCUCAGUCCACCAUCUUGGUCUGUGUGUGCUAGCAGCAGUCUUGGUGUUCGGUGCCAGGGUGUGCAGCUUUGAUAAGCUACAACCCACUUGGAGAUGGUGAGGCCACUUCCCUGCUACCUCCCUCUGUGGUGUGGCCACUUGGCCAAAGCUCCCAUCCACAGCUGGGAUGUCUGAGCCACAGCCUGCUGCACUGUUUCCGCUCUGGGAUCUUCUGAGUUACUUUUUUAGGCUGUGGUUUGGUGAAAGGAACCAACACAUUAACGAUUUUUUUUCCCCCAAAAGCCACUGAAUAAUUCCUCUUGGCAUGCUUUCAUGUCCCCAUUGGCUGCCUGGUUUGGGAGCCCUUGUGGAGAAGAGGACAGAAUCGGUACCAUGCACAGGCGUGGAACUGUGAGAGCGGCUCGUGGACUGCCUGUUUCUGGCAUGUGUCCUGGGUGUGUGCUACACCUGCUGGGCCCGCUGCACACGAUUCUGUCCCUGGAGUGGCAGCAUUAACAGCAUGGGUGUCUCUGGAAGUUUGAAGUGGACUGUCCUAGGAAGUGUCCCUGACAGAAUUCCCUGUUCUCUACGACCCCAGUUGGGUUUUCAGCCCCUCCAGCAACUCUAUGCCCCAGUCAGUGCUAUCUUUCCUCCCAUCCUCUCUGUCUGCUAGUCCUUGAAGCCUUUAACCAAAUGGGAGUGGGUACAGAAAGCCUUCUCCUGGCAACUUAGGGCAACAGGACAAGGGCUAUUGUGUGUCCAGCUCUGUUGGUCUCCUGGUGCUGAGAGAUGUGUCCAAGCAGAGUUGAUCAGCCCCUGCCUGCCCUGCAGGGCUGAAGCCAGGGGGAGGUUAGCAGAGAUUACCCUAAAUGGGGUGGGAGUUCUAAGAUCUAAGUGAGGGGGGUCUGGGGUGUGGCUGCAAGGUGAGACCCAGUCUCCUGCACCUGGGUAGGGUCAUCAGGGAUCUGGCUGCGAGGUGAGGCCUGGGUGUUCGCGCCAGUGCAGGGCGAUCAGCCGUCUGGCCUCAGCAGACAGCAGCCUUGGUGCCCACCCGUGCCCUGCGCAGUAUUUAUUGCUAAAUUAUUGUCCAGGAGGGGCGGCGCUGGGCCUGGCCCCCCGGGUAUUUAUUGCUGUACAUAGUGUAUGUUUGUGAUAUAUAAGGUUUUCUUUAUUUUGUAUAUGAUCAAUAAACGCCUUUUAAAGAGACCUGUUGGUGUUUCUUUGCAAAGAGAAGAAGGGAGGGGGCGAAAUUAGGGUGAGAAGGGCGAGUCGGAAGGGGCGUGGUGCACGGGGCGCGCGCAUGCGUCUUUGCGGCUGCCGGGCGAGGCGGAAGCGGAAGCCGGAAGCGCAGUCCACGGAGCGAUGGCAGCCGGUGGCGGUCUGAGCCGCUCGGAGCGCAAGGCAGCUGAGCGUGUCCGGAGGCUGCGGGAGGAGCAGCAGCGGGAGCGCCUCCGCCAGGUGUCACGCAUCCUGAGGAAGGCGGCUGCAGAGCGCAGUGCGGAGGAGGGCCGGCUGCUGGCCGAGAGCGAGGAUCUGGUGACCGAGCUGCAGGGUCGGAGCCGGCGCCGUGAGGGCCUCAAGCGGCGUCAGGAGGAGGUGUGUGAUGACCCGGAGGAGCUGCGGAGGAAGGUCCGGGAACUGGCCGGAGCUGUCCGGAAUGCCAAACACUUGGUAGUCUACACAGGCGCCGGGAUCAGCACGGCAGCUUCUAUCCCAGACUAUCGGGGCCCCAAUGGAGUCUGGACACUGCUUCAAAAAGGGAGGCGUGUGAGUGCCACCGACCUGAGUGACGCGGAGCCCACUCUCACACACAUGUGUAUCGCCCGUUUGCAUGAGCAGAAGCUGGUGCAGCACGUGGUGUCUCAGAACUGUGAUGGACUCCACCUGCGCAGCGGGCUGCCACGCACUGCCAUCUCCGAGCUCCACGGGAAUAUGUAUAUUGAAGUCUGCACCUCCUGCAUCCCUAACAGGGAGUAUGUACGAGUGUUCGAUGUGACAGAGAGAACCGCCCUUCACCGACACCAGACUGGCCGGUCCUGCCAUAAGUGUGGGACUCAGCUCCGGGACACCAUUGUGCACUUUGGGGAGAGGGGGACAUUGGGGCAGCCUCUGAACUGGGAGGCAGCGACCGAGGCUGCCAGCAAAGCAGACACGAUCCUGUGUUUAGGGUCCAGCUUGAAGGUACUCAAGAAGUAUCCCCGCCUCUGGUGCAUGACAAAGCCUCCUAGCCGGCGGCCCAAACUCUACAUUGUGAACUUGCAGUGGACCCCGAAGGACGACUGGGCUGCUUUGAAGCUUCAUGGGAAAUGCGAUGAUGUCAUGCAGCUCCUCAUGGAUGAACUGGGCCUGGAGAUCCCUGUCUACGACCGGUGGCAAGACCCCAUUUUCUCCUUGGCCACUCCCCUCCGUGCUGGCGAAGAAGGCAGCCACAGCCGGAAGUCGCUGAGCAGGAGCCGAGAAGACGCCCCACCUGGGGACCAGAGUGCCCCGCUUAGCUCAGCUCCCCCCAUUCUGGGAGGCUGGUUUGGCAGGGGCUGUGCCAAGCGUGCGAAGAGGAAGAAAGCUGCCUAGCCAGGUGUCGACAGAGAACCAUGGGCACUUUGUAGACGCGGACUCUUGUUCAGGGGCCUCUGUCACCGUGAAGGCUGCAGCGCCCCCACAGGAUCCAGUGGGAAGAACUCUUGGGGGUGACAGUUCACGGUGACGUUUCUUUAGCCAUUUGUCCUUGUGAUUGCACCUACAGGGGCUUGACUUUCAAGGACACCUUCCUCCCUUCACCCUCUUCAAAGGUGGCAGCAAGGCCUUUCUUCGUUUUUCCGGCCUGGCCAGCAGAGGAGCCCCCCACUGCCUUACCUCAUUCCAGGCUAGUCUCAGGGCCUCACUAUUUCUACUACUUACGACUAAAGUGUGUUCGCUUUAUAGAAACCUUUUUCUGUGUUGGGUAUGCGGCACAGGGGCGGGUCCAAGCCCCCAGUCUGAGCAAGUCUUAAUAAACAUCUCUCUACUG